AUGAAACCUAGCUUAUGCUACGCCUACUGCACGCUGUUACUGGUAUUGCUCGUUUCCAGUUGCACGCUGUUUAUCAUAGUGGCCUCAGAAACACUGAAGCCAUCAUCUGAUCUUCAGCGUCAUGGUGCCGAAUCGCGACAACCAAAUGGUGCUAACGUGGUGCAACAUUCCGUCGAUGAAAAUCCCGCGAGCAGUAAUGAAGCCGAAGGAAUCAAGCUAUUGCACCGCAACGAGCAGACUCCUGACAGCAAAGGUGAACCCGGGCACGUACGGGUCCAAAAUACGGCGACGGAAAGUCCGAACAGGAAACUGUCGCGUGUGCAUGCUGGUUUCCCCGGCGGCCAGCGUCACGGUGUGAAGCCACUCAAGAAGCCAGCUCAUGGUGGAGUGGGGAAAAAUUCGCUCAAGAAGGAUAUACUGACGGAACGACCUACCGUACAACAUGACGAGCCUCCGGAUCUAAAGGACGUCAUAUUUUUAGAAACCAUCUCCAAGAACGUUGGCGUCACCAACAGCGGAUUACAAAACAUUCCAGGACCACCUUCAAUAAUCACGUUGGUGGACAAUCAGCACAAUGAGCUGAAUAAUAUUGAGAGUAAGUUGGAGGAAAACUUGGAGGCAACGUUGAAAAAUCUAUCGCACAACAAUCCACACACCGUUCAACCGACGGUACCGUUGCACAACAAUGAUCAGACACAGGAGCAACACCAUCAUCAGCCUCUAUUGGCCGAUGGCAUCGUAACUGCUGAAGAAGAACACAGUAAUGGUACGCUCGAUAUGGAAGGUGUGGAAGUUCCCGACUCUCGGACGGGAGAGCCCGAACAACCGGCAUUGAUAAUGGCCCCAACAGACGAUGGCGGAUUGGCAGCUUCAAGGACUCUUCUCGAGACCACUGAAGUUCCUUCCGUAAAUGAGGUAACGGGUGAUGGUGAUCGUGUGGCAGGAUCAGGAUCACCAGAAGCUAGUCCCACCGGUAUGCCGCUCCGGCCACUCGAGAUGAACCUAACCGAGGAAAAUCCCAUGCCCGUGUUCAGCGAAUGGGCCCAGAAGCAAAUGGCCGAAGCGGAAAAGAAACUGGGCGAGGUCGUGAAUGCUUCUGCCAUGAAAAAGGGCACAAAACCGACCGGUGGGAAAGCGAACGGUGGUGUGAUGAAACCGCGUGAGAAAAACUACGCCGCCCCCGAGUGUGGAGCGAAAAUUAUAGCCUCGAAUCCAGAGGCGCAGAGCACGGGAUCCGUACUGACGGCACCUAAGGACGAAUAUCUGCUGAAUCCUUGCACGAGCAAGAUUUGGUUCGUCGUAGAGCUGUGCGAACCGGUGCAGGCGGAGCGAAUCGAGCUGGCAAACUUUGAGUUGUUUUCGUCGUCCCCGAAAGAGUUUACCGUGUCGGUUAGCAAUCGAUUUCCGACACGCGACUGGGCCAACGUGGGCCAAUUUACGGCCAAGGAUGAGCGGGACGUGCAGAGCUUUCAGCUGCACCCGCACUUGUUCGGGAAGUUCGUACGUGUAGAGAUUUUGUCGCAUUACAACCAGGAGCAUUUCUGUCCAGUAUCGUUAUUUCGGGUGUACGGAACAUCCGAGUUUGAGGCGUUCGAAACGGAUAACACGCCGAUGCCGCUGGAGGACGAUGAUGAAGAUGAUGUGCUUGUUCUGAGCGACGGCAGUGUACUGCCUGGAAAGGAACAUAAGGAUGUGUUACUUUCUGACCGCAAAAGGAUAGUUGAGUCUGGCAAGGAACCGUUCGAGACUACAAUAUUGCCGUCGAAGAGCGGUGAAAAGGACCUCCAAACGGAUAAGGAAGAUGAUGUGGGUGUAGACACUAAAGAUGCACGUCGGAGUGGCAAGAACCCGAACAACAUCCUCAAGUCCGCCGGUGAGGUGGUGAUGAACAUGGUAAAGAAGGCCGCCGAAGCGCUUAGCAAAAGCGGAAACGAUAGUAACAAUUCUUCAGUCGAUGGCACCAAUGAACGCGCGACGACGAAAGGUGGAGAUAAUAUUGCAAUCACUGGCGUGCCGACAUGGGGUGAGGUCCAGGAGGUCGCCGCGCCAUCAUCCUGUUUUACACUAGCUUAUACGAUACGUUGCGUUAACUGUACCGACCAUUUCCGGGCUCAGCUAGAGUCCAUGAUGAAUUGCAAACACAAUCUUCUCACUAGUCUUUUAGGUGUGCCGCGAAUCGAGCGUUCGUUUGAUUCCGCACAGCAUUUUCUAUGUGCCAACGUGUUAGGGUUUAACUUACCGCGCUCGACGAAGCAAGGCGAUGGCGAGGGUGAUGCGCCACCCUCGAUCUGCUUAAACAUGCGCUACAGCUUGCUGAAUCUACUGCCAGAUCGACUGGUAGCUGGGCUGUGCAAUGUGGUGGCUUUCGACCUGAAGCUGCUUUCGACGAUUAGUCUCGUUCCUAAAGAAGUGGAAAGCAACGAACCAGUUGCUGGUGAAACGGAUCAAGUGGUACCGGUCGUAAAUCAAAAAUCUACUGCGACCGAUACGCAACAUGAUCUGCAGGAGAAUAGUGAUCCUUUAUCAGGAAAACCAUUCGUCGAUGGAGAAACAUCAGCAUCGAUUCCUACCCAAACGAAUGAAAAAGGACGAGAACUUGAGCAACUCGAAGAGACCGAACAUGAACCAGCCGCAAAGCAGGAUGAUUUAGAGGUGGUUAAGGAACAGGAUGGCACUGCUGCUGUGAGGGAGGAUGUUAAUAUGUUUAACAUUGCAACCGAGUCUCCGCAGCCUACUGCUAUGGAAGCUGAUGUGGUAGCUGUUAGUUCUACGGGUCAACCGCGUGAACAGGAGCAACAACAGGACUAUAAGGAAAAAGAAGAUCUAGGAAACCAGCAUUGGGAAUCAAUCGACGAGGGAGCGCUGGUUGCGGGUGGUCAUCACCAUUCCGAUGGCACGAUUGCCGUCGGUGAUGGAUCUGGCCCAUCGGGCGGAGCAGAAACUACAACUGGUCAUGCUCCUGCUUAUUCCGCCGGUACUCUUCAAACGGGACCGCAAAAGGGACAACCGGAGAGUGUUUUCCUUCGCUUGUCAAACCGCAUUAAGGCCCUCGAACGAAACAUGAGCCUAUCGGGACAAUAUCUCGAGGAGUUAAGCCGUCGAUAUCGUAAGCAAGUCGAAGAAUUGCAGCACUCUUACGCCAAAACGCUACACGAGAUCGAUGACCAAAACAGGCGGAUGCGUGAGAGUGAAACGACGGUGCGGGAAAUGAACGACCAGCUACGGCAGGAUCUGAUGAUGUUCCAGGACAUGGUUAUCAUCUGGCGCAACAUAGCGCUAGUGGUCCUUUUUGCCGUUGUGCUGUUGCUGGCAAUUCUGUUGGUCCUGAUGCGUACUAUUUUGGGAAGUGUUAACCGUCCGCCAAAUGGAUGGGUUGCCAGUCAACAACCGGCUCCGCUACCACAAAGCGUCAUUGAUCGUGAGCUGGCACAGGUUGGAUCGGAUGCGAAACCCAUUCGUGGCCGAAUGCUACGAAGAAAAUCAAUCGAUGGGAUGCCCACGGGUGGUACGAGUGUAGAUGUGACCGGUGGCUCGGUUGGCAGUGUGUCGGGUGUGAUUAUUGGCACUGGCGAUCCAUCGACCGUGGCCUCGGGAAUGUCUCCGGCACGACUUCGCAAGAAGCGACCGAGUGAGGAAGCUUUAAAUAUCAGUGGUACGUACGUGAACCUUUUGAUCGAAGAUGAGGCAACGCAACAACAGUUUACCACCGUACCGGUUUCGACACCGCAGCAUUUGGAGAAGAAAAAAUCGAAACAAAAACAUCGGAAAGUCUCCGCUCCCUCGAUGAUGAUAAUGGCGACUGCGGCAACUUCAACACCACUGGCUGGUGGAGGAAAUUCAUGGCACGAGCCUGCGAGGCGAUCGGUAUCGAUGAAUGAAUCACAGGAUCAUCGACGGAUGGCGGUUAAUGGUAGCGUUGAUCACCAGCGAUCAUCGGGAAAUGAUACUAGUGGGCGUAUCGAUGAGCUACCACUUUUGGAGGACAACGAUGAGUUUAUUAUUCCCACCGCGAGUGAUUUAUCGUACGACGAAUUCAUGCCCGGUUCGAAUCCAUCCUCGGUAGAGCCGGGUUUAAUCGUGUCGAGCGAUAUCGAUCGUAUAAUGGACGGAACACCCGAUUCCAAUGGGACUGGGGGUCCUGUGAUUUCCCAUUCCUCAACGGUAGAGGAAACCGCUGAUAGGGAGCAGGAGAAAAAGCACACGACUAAAUCAUCCCGGCGCCUUUCGUCGCCGGCAUUUUUCAAAUCCUCGCUGCUGCGAUCCAGCCUCGGGUCGGCCAAGCGAUCAUCAAAAAAAUCCGCCAAAACCAGCAGCAGCAGUAGCGGCAGCAACACAAGUGGUAAUAGUAGUAGCAGUAAUAGUUCUAAUAUUAGCAGCAAUAACAGCGGCCUGGUAAAGGUGAUGCCCGAAUCGUCGCACUCCAACAGCGGAGGUGACGCGUGGACGAAUGAAAAGCCGCGAAAUAAUCAGGAAAACUUUUACCGUUGGUGGUCGGAGCAGAGUAAAGUUCUUUCCUCCUCGCCAUCAUCUAGUCAGGAGGUUUCUUUACCCUCCGACGUCAAGCAACGCCAAAGGAUAGAGAAAGCCAAGUCCGCAAGUCCCGAUGGACCAAAGGGACCCCGGGAAGGACAGGAACCGGUGAAGUUGUCGGUUUCCUUUAAUGGUGAUUUCCCCGCGAACGGGGUGACCGGUAGUGGCAACGGUUUGGAUCGAAAGUCGAGUCGGGGCAGCAUACGGCGCCUGUUCCGGAAGGUAUUUUAAUAGGGCGCGGACAGCGGUUCGCGCGCGAUAUUAUGUGUAAACUAACUACAAUAGACUGAAGUUUGCGUACGCGCGUUUGGGCGAAUGUUAUUGAAGCGAUCACUAGCAAACCCUCCCACUUGAGUAGUGGGGAUUUAUUCGUAGCAUAAUGGCGUACUUUCGAAAUGUGUCCACUCUAUUCCUUACUAGGAGGACGGAAGUUGUAGCUGAAAAUCGUUCCUUUUCUCAGUGUAGUCUGUUGUAAUCUUAUGUUUCUUAUUCGUUUAAAUCACGUCAUGUUUAAGUUAGUUGUCUGUGCGUGUAGAUUAUAUCAAGUAAACGAAAGAAUGGCAGAUAAACUCCAGGUCAUAUGGUCAACGUACGCAGAUGUCUUGUUUGUUAUACAGGAAUAACAUUAGGCAUUCAAAGGUUCGUCAUCUACAUGGCAUUUUUUUUGUUACAAAACACCUACGGUCCAGCAUUCAGUUGGCUCUGUAUUUUUUUGCGAAAUUGGUGUUAAUCAUAUUGUAAUUAGACGGAUCGAUGAAACGGAAAUAACAUUAGACAAGGAAAGGCAAUUUUGUGAAAAAAUGUUAUCGAAAAGGACCACUAUUUGGUAUGCUUAAAAAGUGAAUGUGAACGUCGAACGCGUGUCUUUGAUUGGUAGUGCUAUCUUUGGACCUUAAUUUUUCGAAGCAUCAAAUUGUGGAUGAUUAUUAAAUGGAGUUACGAAUUGUGUAUGAAUGUAACGCAAAGGGCCAUAAUACGUUGAAGACAACUAUACUAAAACGUUACGCACCACUCUGGGCAGUAUGAAACAGUAAAUCACAAUAAACGAUCUGGGUCUGGUACCGAUCUGGAUACGUAAAAUGGUGUAGCACUAUCCGUUCAAUGUAGCAUUGAAUAGCAAAAAAUGGCCAUGAAAAUGGAGAUAAUCUGAUCGAUAAAACGUUCGUGUAGAAGACGAAAUAAAUUAUUUUGUUAUCAAUAGUAG